AUGCUUGAGUCCGAUGGGCCAAGCUGUCAUGUAGCCGCUCACAUGCUUUCUGACCACGAAGGGCGAACUCGUUCUGAGGGUCAGCAAGAAGAAACUCACUAUCCCUCAAAAUUCCAAAAGACUGGAAAUAUCAGCCAUAAUACCCAAAGCACUAUUGACAAGUCCCGAAUCCGAAUCUCGUUCGAUGGCGGACUGCCCGAGUAUGAUUCUUCGCCAAGGUCCCCAGUCAUGACGGAACAUGACCAUGGACUUGGCGUUUCCGGUCUGCGACGGAUCCGACAGCAGCCGCCCAUUCGCGCUCAGAGUCACUCGCGAAAAGAAACCACGACGCAAAAGUCUUCUCUUACGCUCGAGUUACCCAGUUGUCAAUCGGCCUACGCAAAUAACCCACCAUCUGGAGCUUCCUCACCCACUCUCAACUUUACUGAAGACUUGUAUCGUUUUCCUUCCGAAUCAUUACACUCUUUUUCCUUCGCUCGUCAGUCCGAAGAACUCGCCCAAACUCGUCAAAAUGUCUUGAAGAGAUCCCUAGAAUUCCUGUCACAGAAGCUGGGAUGGAGAAGUACCAAUAUUGGCAUCGCAAAUGCACUGUCUCACGCCGGGGCGGAUAAACAGAUCCACGGAAUGGCUGAAUUAUUGUCUAGGGCGCAGCUACUUGGCGUAAAUUCUAUAUCACGUUCAGGCCAGCCUUAUUUGAUAGGUCCUCUGACCGGCCCACCAGCUGCUCCUGAACAGACGAACAAUGUAUUCGAUGAAAGCUUUGUAGGCGAAUUAGGCUGUGCGCCACUUUGUUCGGAGAGUCCUAUAGAUAAAUCACGAGUUGAAGCUUCGGAAACUGAUCUAACAGCAAAGACUACAGGUAAAAUACCUCUGGAAGAAGAAUUGGUCGUGACUUCCCCUCAUGAUUCGGGCUCAUCUUCGCGAACACCGACCAAUGAUAGUCUCGCUACCUCUCACGCUCCCCCACCCGCAACAAGAAGGCCUAGCUUUCGGAGAACUUGUACUGAUACAUCUCGGUUAUCACUCCAGAACAAACUAUUAGAUGCGCUAGCUCAGCCUUACAUUGCAAACGAUAGACUGUCAGAACAGAUUCUUCCCACAAUCCCACCUGUAUUUCAAGGUGCAGCUGGCCUUGCAGUAUUCGGUUCUGCUGUUCAUGGUCAUUCAAGCAGGUGUGCUCCUGCUACCCAAGCAAUCUUCACUACUGAAAGUGAUCCACCGUUCACGAUUCUCGCUGCGAACGACUUAGCUUGCUUGGUCUUUGGGGUGACAAAAGCUGAAGUCCGAAAAAUGGGAAUUCUCGAGGUCGUUCAGAAAGAAAAGAGAGCAUGGCUUACCCAGAAGCUGGCUUCCUGGGAACAAGAACCAGUGUCAGAUGAUCAUAAACAUCCAAAGGCAACAAAAUCUGAACGUCAGGACCGAGAAAAUCCUUCUUUAGGGUUUCUAUCAGGAAGAUCUGGCGUCACAGCUAAGCUGCUUAGCAAGCCAAACUCUCGUCAACGUCGAAGUCAAAACUGCCCAAGCUCAUCUGCCAGUCCAACAGCUAGUAGUUUUGAUGACAAAACCAAGACGUUGGGGAAUAACUUACCCUCCAAUUCUAGCAGCAAGUCAAGAGGAGUUUUAUUAUGUGGUGAUGUAAUCCCGAUUCUAAAACGUAACGGAGCUACCGGAUCUGCCAGUUUAUGGGUAAAGGAGAAGCGAGGAGGUCUAAUCUGGGUGCUCGAAGAGAUCCAUAAAGAUGUUGCCUUAAUUCGAUUAGAUACCCAGGCAAAAGUAUCAUCAAUUGAAGGAGCCUAUGAUUCAAUUUGGGGUGAAAAUGCUGCCCAGGUGGGCAUAGAUGUAGGAAGACUUUUACCUUGCAUACCAAGGAAAGUACCUCACGGAAGAGGGCCAAUUGAUGGCGAGGAGGUUACGAGACAAAAGUACUUUACCGCUCUUAACUCUAACCAAAUGCACAUUCCCUGCGUCGUUGAGUCAAUCCACGGCUCUACAAAUCUGAGGAUAUCUAGCUUCCCACACAUUGCCGGGAUCUUAGUCUUGUCCGCUCAAACCUUGAAGAUUACUAGUUCAAAUUCUGUGUUUUCUGCUGCAUUAUUUGGAAGAGAAAAUCCCGACGGAAGACAUAUCACAGAUAUCAUCCCCGACUUUGAAAGGUUAAUGAAAAUUCUGGUAGAUGAAGAUAGGAUUCAUUUCGCAGACGGUAUCGUCAUUCCAGAAUACAGUUUUCGCCGUGCUCAAGCAUUCUUGGCGUUUCGUAAUAACUUGCCUGGCGCAGCAAAAUAUUUCUCUAAGCCUGAAGGGCUACUCGCUAAGCAUAGAGAUGGUUCAGAUAUUAUAAUCGAUGUACAGCUUCGCGUAGUAAAAUCUGAUCGCAAGGUUUCUGCACCUGUCAAUGAACUUGCGAACAUCGAACGUGAUGAGAGAGUAAUGAAGCCUAUCGUAUCAACUAAAUUAGUUUAUGCCUUAUGGAUCACCUACUCUCGUCAUAUAUAUGUUCCUGGCUCGGGAAUUAAUUUUAAGUCUCCCUCAAUACCAGAUACCAAGACUUCACACCGCAAGCAGCCUUCUCCUGGUCAAACCGAAGUAAUUAAUCCAAUAGAGAUGGAGCAUGAGGGAGAAAUUGGAAAGGAGCAGCAUAUUGCUUCCAAGUACACCCUUCACUCGCAGAUGACAAUGAGUAAAGCUAUCACUAAAAUUUCAAAAUGCGAUGCCGUAGUAUCCCAGGCGGGGAAGGCGGAAACUGUUACAACCGCAGGUCUUGGACAGGUUCAUAAGAAGUCCAUCAAUGACUUUAUUAUACUGGAAGAAAUGGGCCAGGGCGCCUAUGGCCAGGUUAAGCUGGCGCGUUAUAAGAAAAUUGGAAACCGAAAAACUGUCUUAAAGUACGUGACGAAGCGACGAAUUCUCAUUGAUACAUGGACUCGCGAUCGGCGGCUUGGAACAGUACCGCUCGAAAUUCACGUUUUGGAUUACCUUCGACGGGAUGGUCUCCAGCAUCCUAACAUUAUCGAGAUGAUCGAUUUCUUUGAAGACGAUGUCAACUAUUAUAUCGAGACAGUUCCACAUGGUCUACCUGGAAUGGAUCUCUUUGACUAUAUUGAGCUCCGGGCUAAUAUGGGUGAGACCGAAUGCAAAAGUAUAUUUGUGCAGGUUGCACAGGCUAUAUUUCAUCUUCACACAAAAGCUCAUAUCGUUCAUCGAGAUAUCAAAGACGAGAACGUAGUUUUAGACGGAGAGGGAAAUAUCAAGCUCAUCGAUUUUGGUAGUGCUGCGUACAUCAAGAAUGGACCUUUUGAUGUAUUCGUUGGGACGAUCGACUAUGCGGCCCCCGAAGUUCUUGCUGGAAAGCCAUAUUGCGGCAAAGAGCAAGAUGUUUGGGCUCUUGGCAUCCUUCUUUACACAAUUGUUUACAAAGAAAAUCCUUUUUACAGUAUAGAUGAAAUUAUGGAUCACGACCUACGAGUUCCGUAUGUCAUGAACGAAAAUAAUCUUGAUCUAAUUCGGGCCAUGCUCAAUCGAAAUGUUGAAUCUCGAGCUACUAUAGAAGAGGUCUUGGAUCAUCCGUGGUGCAAGGUGUGCGAUGAAUCUAGAUUUAACGUAUGA